ACUAUAAAUGACAAAUGUCCCUGAGAGAGAAGGAUAGAGAGAGAGAGAGAGGAUGUUGAUAAAGAGUGAAGAAGCCAUGAAAGAGGAGGUUGUGGAGAAGAUGCUGAAGACAGUGAGCUUGAAGCCACACUUUGUGCUCAUACAUGGAAUCAGUGGGGGAAGCUGGUGCUGGUACAAAAUCAGGUGCCUCAUGGAGAAUUCUGGCUACAGAGUCUCCUGUCUUGACCUCAAAGGUGCCGGCAUCGAUCGAUCUGACCCCGACACAAUUCUUAAGUUUGAAGACUACAAUAAGCCUCUCAUGGACUUCAUGUCAGCCUUACCCGAUCAUGAACAGGUGAUUUUGGUAGGACACAGUGCUGGAGGACUAAGUGUGACUGCAGCAACUCACAAGUUUGCCCACAAAAUUAGCCUAGCAGUCUAUGUUGCAGCAACCAUGCUUAAAGCGGGAUUCGUAGAUGAGCAAGCUGUGAAAGAAGGAGUGCCUGAUUUAUCUGAAUUUGGUGAUGUAUAUGCCAUGGAAUUUGGAUUGGGAGCAGAUCAGCCUCCAACGAGUGUUGCCAUCAAAAAAGAAUUUCAACGCAAAAUCUUAUAUCAUAUGAGUCCUCAAGAGGAUUCUACAUUGGCAGUAAUGCUCUUACGACCAGGACCCAUUCAAGCAUUACAAUCCGCCAGAUUCACCGAGGGAGAUGAUCAAGAUAUAGAAAAGGUGCCACGUGUCUACAUCAGAACGAUGUAUGAUAGAGUAGUGAAACCAGAUCAACAAGAGGCCAUGAUCAAGAGGUGGCCUCCCUCCAAUGUGUAUGUAUUGGAGAGCGAUCACAGCCCAUUUUUCUCCGCCCCAUUUCUGCUCUUUGGCUUGCUUGUAAAGGCUACUACUGCUACAUCCUCUUGUAUUGGAUCUAUGUAACUAGAAGGCUGAGGAUCCUAUUAAUUUUUAAAAACCAGAUGUGUUGUUGAUGAAGACAACGUUAUUUUAAAUCAAAACAGUCAUUUUAUUCAAUAGAAUGACAUUGUUUUGGAUCAAAACUAUGUCAUUUUGAUCAACAGCACCUUUGUUAUUAAAAAUUAACAGUAGAUGUGCCAAAUUCCACUUUAUCAUGUGUUUUUUUUUUUAAUUUCUUUUUGAAACAGCAUAUAUAUUGCAAUUUUG